GUAUAAGUUUGGUUCAAGAUCGCUACCAUGUGCCCGCAUCGCCUCGUGAGCUGCUUCUGACCUAUUCUCCCAUCACAAACGGUUACCCCGUCCAAAGGUUUUCAUUCUUUUUUGUUUGCAAUUCCCAAGUCACUCAACUAUUUGAUCAUCAGCCAAAUUUCAUUCGGGUACACUCAUUUGUUUCUCAACCCAGUCCACUCCUUCGUCAUGCUCGCAUCACUCUCUAGCUCUUCACUUCUAGUGGCCUCGCUGCUGUUCGUCACAGCGCCAGUGCCCGUCAAUGGUAACAAACUCUGCAACCCCUGGAAGCCUGUCGUCGCAGACCUCAAGGCAUCUUUCAAAGGCUGCAAUGCCGAUGCCAGGAUGGCAAUGCGUGCAGCCUUCCAUGACUGCUUUCCUGGCAGCUGCGACGGGUCAUUGAUCCUGGCCAACGAAUGCAACGAUCGUCCGGAUGACAACGGACCUCUUGUGCCUAUUUGUGACACUUUGGCACAAAAGGCGAUCGACUUCAAGGUCGGCACAGCAGAUCUUAUACAAGCUGCAGGUGUCGUCGCCAUCACUUCCUGCGCCGGACCACGCACAUACUUCUACGUUGGUCGCAAGGACUCUUCAGUGCCUAGCCCCGAGGGCCAGCUCCCAAACAGCGAGUCCACUGCCCAGCAGCAGAUUGAUGCCUGCAAGGCCAAGGGCUUCACGACCACGGACCUCGUCGCCAUGGUCGGUGCCCACAGUGCUGGCGUGAGCCAGCAGGGUCUUUCAUUCGACUCGACCCCUGAGAAGCUCGAUAGCACCGUUUUUUACCCCGAGACGGCCAGUGAGAAGGGCCCGACGUCGCUGCAGAGUGACUACGCCUUGAGCAAUGAUACCCAGACAAAGACCGCCUGGAAGAACAUGGGUCGUAGCAAUGCUCUUUGGAGGGCGCAGUUUGUUACUACUAUGCGUAAAGUAACCCUCAUGGGCAAUACUGUGAAGAGUUUGACGGAUUGCAGUUAUCUGAUAUAG